AUGGAAACAGUUUUCACCGAGGGUAUUGUUGUUUGUUUAAAGACAUAUGUUCAACAAAUGAUAUUUGAAGGAAAAAUUUCUGAGGAAUGUCUUAGUAUUUUUACCAACAUUUUCGAUAUGAUUGAAAAUUCAUUUACUAAUUUUAAAACUGAACACAAACGUUUCUCUUAUUAUGCUGAACAAGGUUCAUUUAUCAAACCCGAAGAAAAGGUAGUCGGUCAAAGGUUAAACACUGUUAUGAAAAGUGGUAUCUCAUUUUUAAAACCUUUCAAUUGCACUGAACAAUUUAUUCCACUUAGAAUUGUGUUAAAAAAAUUUUUUUCGCUUGAAAACAUAUUAACUGAAACACUAGAUUAUAUGUGUAGUUUAAAAAAUGAAAGUGGGAUUUUAAGUAAUUUUAUACAGGGCACCUACUGGAAAAGUAGAAUGAAGAAACAUGAAGGACGAUUCGUGCUCCCACUUUUCAUGUUCUUUGAUGAUUAUGAAAGUGGAAAUGUUCUUGGUAGCCAUUCGGAUAUUCCAUCUUUCACAGGCAAUUUAUAUUUUGAGUUGGGACUUAUUUUGGGGGAUAACCUUGGGAUACAUUCAAUCACUGGUUUUGUGGAAAGCUUUUCCUCUAAUUUUUGUUGUAGAAUUUGUACCAUGGGAAAAUCAGAUAUAAAAGUUAAAUGUUAUGAAGACAAAUCUCUUUUGAGAAGUAACGAACAGUAUUUUAAUGAUUUAAAAAAAAAUGAUUUGUCUGCAACAGGAUUAAAAGAAGAAUGUAUUUGGUUCAAUGUUACAGAUUUCAGUUUAUUUGAUCAAGUGGGUGUAGACUUAUUAAAUGACAGGAUAUUUGCUUUUGAUUAUGGACCAGAAAACAAUAAACCAUGCAUGAUUUCUAUGGAUCAUAUAAAUGUAGGGAAAAUGAAACAAUCAGCAUCUGAAAUGUUAUCUUUCAUUAGGUAUUUUGGCUUGCUUAUUGGUGAUUUUGUGCCAACAGGAGAGCCAAUUUGGGACCUUUAUUUAACUCUGCGCAGAGUUUUAGAUAUUACAUUAUCAACAUCACACGAAGUAAAUAAUUGUAUGUUAUUAGAGACUGCCGUAGGAGAAAUGAAUGAACUUUAUUUAAAGUUAAGUAAAAAUGUGCUUAAACCAAAAUUUCAUUUUCUUACUCAUUAUCCCACUAUAAUAAAAAAACAUGGUCCUGUUGUUCACUUAUGGUCAAUGCGUUACGAAGCAAAACAUAGAAUUUCCAAAAUUUCUGCAAGAUCCUCUUUUAACAGACGUAACAUUUGCAUGAGUUUGGCUAUAAAGCACCAAUUACAGUUAAAAGAAGUAUUUAAUAAGGGCAAAUUAUGUAGCACAAUUAAUGUUGGAUCUAGGAAAAUAUUAAAUUCUUUAAAACUUGGUAAAAUUAAAACUGAACUUAAUCUUAGUAAUGACGAAUCAUUAGUUCGUUGUACCGGCACCGGGAACGAGGAGUCCUGGGGACCCGUCUAUAAAUGGCUAAAGUCUGGGGGAACACGGCCCUCGGAGAAAUUACCAGUGUCCAUCAGAAAAAUGGACGGAACAUUUACGUGUUCGCUUAGGGAGACCGGCGAGAGACUUCUCGAGCAACUGGUCCCUCAGGAUAGCGACGCAACGGAGACCGCAGGACAGGCGGAAAUCCAUAGAGAGACCGGUGUUUAUGUGGGCAGAUUCGAGUCGGCAUUACCUGUGCUUAGUCCGACGUUCGACCCGGUUGAACCGUGCACGGUCGAUGAGGUAAGAGAUGCCAUACGGCGGAUGAUAACAUGCAAGGCCCCGGGCCUGGACGGGAUCAUGGCAGGAAUCUUGAGGCAAGCGUGGCCCGUCCUUAAAAACCAAAUUACGUUUGCGUUGAAUACCUCACUGGCUACGAGGACAUUCUAA